AUGGAAUUCUUCACCAAGACCUUGAGUUCCUUCACCGGGGGAUCUAUUCCAUAUAAGUUAAAAGAUAAAAUAGUUGACCCUUUGGCGCCUACCACAUCAUUGGAUCGUAACUCGAUUUGGACAUUACAUGAUGGAAUUAAUCCAAAAGAUAACUCACCAGUAUCAGUAUUUGAAUUCAAUUUGAAAGACCCAGCUAAUCAACAACGUAUUGGUUUAGCCAGAAAUACAUUUAAAAAAUUGAAAUUAAUUAAAUUCCCCGGAGUAAUUUCCAUAGUUGAUUUUAUCGACAAUGAUUAUUCGUUGUAUAUAAUCACAGAACCUGUUAAACCUUUACUGAUUUACCUUGAAGAAACUGGACUUAAAGGUGAUUCCUUAGUUGCUGGUAUUUAUUCAGUUGCCCAAAGUAUUUCCUUUAUAAAUGAGGCAGCCAAUUCCUUGUAUGGUGGGUUAAACUAUUUUUCUUCCGUAUAUGUUACUUUGUCAGGCGACUGGAAGUUAAUGGGGUUCGAAUUGCUUACCAAUUUAACAUCUGACCCAGAUCAACCGAUCUACAGAUUAUCAAGAUACAUGCCUAUUUCUUGGAAAGAAUAUUCCAAUGAUUUGGAUUCGGAGACUAUUCGCAAAGAUCCUAAGAAAUUUGAUUCAUACAGAUUUGGUAAUUUCAUUAUGACUGUGUUUAAUAAUGGUGUUAUUGACACAAAUUAUAGCAAGCUCCCUCCUAAGAUGUCAGCGUCCGUCAAGAGACUUUUACUGCAAAAACCAAAUUUAAGAAGUACCAUUACCAUGUAUUUGAAAGAUUUAGAAUCAUGGCACAAACAAAAUUCAGUUAUUAAAUUUACAGAACAAGUCAAUGAAUUAAAGUUUUUACAGGAGUCUGAAAAAAUAGCUUUCUUCAAACACGAGUUGCCAGAAUAUAUUCAAGAUGAUUCCUCAUUCCCACCAGGGUUAUUGAGUUACAAAUUAUUGCCAGAAUUGAUUAACCAAUACAAGCAAUUAUCCAAAUCCCCCACAGCAGACCCAGGACGUCAAGAAACACUAUCAACUAUACUUAAUUUGACAAUCAAGUUUGGGAUUAAAUUAGAAGCCGAUGAAUUCAACAAGACGAUAAAGCCGAUUAUUAUUGAUAGUUUUGCUCUUGCAGAUAGAUCAAUUAGACUAGUGUUGUUAACACAUUUACCCGACUACCAACAAUUUUUAACUGAAACAGAUAUUCAAUACAAGAUAUUUAAUCAAUUGAUAACUGGGUUUCAAGAUACCAAUUUUAUGAUUAGAGAAACCACAUUAAAGUCAAUUACAAUUGUUAUUGAUAAAAUAUCAGUUAAACAAGUUAACCAAGAGCUAUUGAGGAUUUUAGCCAAGUCUCAAAUGGAUCCAAAACCAUCAAUUAGAGUGAAUACAGUUAUCUUAAUCAUUAAAAUUUCCCUGAAAAUUUACAAAUCCUCGAAAAAUAAUGUUUUAAUCACUGCCCUUGCGAAAUCAUUACGUGAUACAUUUAUUCCAUGUAAAAUGACCGCAUUACAAGGUUUUGAGUCAUUGAUAGACGAAUUUUCGUUAGAAGAAAUAUGUUCCAAAAUUCUAGGUCAUUUGGCAAUCUCACUUAUGGAUAGGAAACUGAGUAAAGUUAGAAAAGAAGCAAAAAGAAUAUUCCAAUUGUAUUUGGACUCUGUGGAAUCCCAUGCAAACCUGUUACCAGAAGGAGAUGAAGAUGAAGACGAAGAGGAGCGUGAGUUUUUCAAAAAGUUUUCUCCUGCUAGUGUCCCUUCCAAUAACACAAGCACAGACAAUGUUGCUUCAACAGGAAAUACAAGUAACAAUACAGCUUCAUCUUUUGGCUGGGGGAUGGUUAGUAAAUUUACUUCAUUGGGAGGAGAAAUGAAUAAAGAUUUCAAUCGUUCCACUCCAGAUAUAACUAGAGCGACAUCUCCUACAAUUACUGCUGAUGAUACUGCUGCUACCAAGAUUGAUGACAAUGGUUGGGAUGACUUCAAUGAUGAAUGGGUCAAUGAUGAACCAGAUGUAGUCGAUGUACCAGAUACCAUUAUAGAACCAACCAGAAAGAUCAAUUUAGGAAAGUCUACUGAUAUAACAACUCCUAAAAAAUUGCCAUCAAAACCUGCUCCAAGAAAGACUACAUCUUUGAAAUUGGGUUCCAAAACAACUAAACCGAAACAAACUUUGCAAUUGAAUUUGAAAGUUGACGAUGAUGACAAUGAUGAUAACUGGGGAGAUGGUUGGUAA